AUGGGUGAGGGGGUCCGUUCAUGGUUAGCCCAGUACUUGGCAAUUUCGGGUACCGAUCCUGAGUGGUUGACUGCGGGGGUGGAAAAGAAGCCGUAUGACGUCAAGGCCAAACCGGUUGCUCCAUUUUCAUGGAAUAGUUUGAGGGGGCCAGACAACCCCAAGGACAAAAACUACAAGCCCCCUGCUUCUGCUCCCACUAGCCAGUCUGAAGAGCCAGUUGUGGUAGAGGCCUCCAUUGAGCCUACCUCCACGGUUGCUACCAUGCCUCCCGGACCUUCCACUUCUGCUGAUUUGCCUCCAGGUCCUUUUACCUCAGCCGGCCCGGAGAUUCCAUCUUCCCAGGCCCAUCCUAUCACUGUCCACCGACUGAGCCAGACGCUUAAGAGCCUGAACAACUGGAUGUAUACAACUUCAUCCGAAUUGUCUACUUUGACCUCCACCAUUGCAACUCAGUCAGCUCCUCAGCCAGUUCAGGUCCCACAAUCUAUAGAGGAUGCCUUGAAGAAUAUACUUGACAACCAGGAGAAGAUCCUCAGUACCCGGACUGAUUUGGUAAAGGCAGUGGCUUCACAUGGCAAAGCUCAAAAGGAGCUUGCCAAGGAGCACAAGAAGCUGCACAAAACACGGGCUUCCAGGGAGUCCGACCCAGCUCCAGCAGCAGUUCCAGUAGCAGCCCUAGAUACAGAGCAGCCACAGGAUGUACCAGAUCCACAGUCGGUCCAGGUCCAGUCCCAGGUCCCAGCAGCUGAGCAGCAAGAUAUCGGGACCCAGUCUGAGGUUCCCGAGCAUACCGAGGACCCAGGAACCGCUCAUGAGCUUGCUAGGGAGCACAAGAAAUUGCGGAAAACACGAGCUUCUAAGGAGUCUGUGAAGGAGCUUAGAGCAGAUGUGGACAAGCUGAAUGCUGACUCAUUGCCUUUAGACUUGCUGUUUGGGGAUCCAGCUCCGGCAGCAGUACUAGCAGCAGAGCCACAGCAAGAGCAGACACAGAGGCUUCCCAGGAAGAAGAGGAAGCUUCCCAGUGCAAAUGAAGCAAUCAUCCAGUUGGCAGACCCACCGGAGGCCUCCUCCAGUUAG